AUGGAGGAGAGCACGGCCACCCUGUCAGCGCCUUCGGGUACGCCAACACGGAGCUCAAGUCGCGCACCCAGCGCACCUCGGAGAGAAGAGACGAGCAAUUCUGAAAAGGCAGGGAGAGUCUGGGCAAGAGAGUUCAAGGACCCUUGGGAUCCUUGCAUAUUGUGUUUAGAUGGAGGGGGCAUUAGAGGAUACAGCAGCUUGCUAAUAUUGAAGGCGUUGAUGCACGAGGUUUGGAAAUGCGAACAGACAUAUGAUGAGACGAAGAUCGAUAUCAGGACGAAUAGUCCAACAUCACUACUCAGCACUCAGGCCGGUGAAGAGGAGUUACAAGCUGAGGCUCGGGUCUUGAGAGGGCGGACUGGGCAUCAUCGCAAGUUAGGAAACGAUCCAGAUGAGGGAGAAGGACAGCAUGGAGUCACAACACAUCACGAGCACCCAAACGAAGUUCCCCCAACGGUGCUGUCGACAGUCGCGCAGGACAACAUGACGGCCGACCUCUCUGCGAGGAAGGCAACUUCAGAAGAAGAGCUUCUACCUUGCCACUAUUUCGACUUCAUGUACGGCACCUCCACUGGUGGCCUGAUUGCCACGAUCCUGGGACGCUUACGAAUGACGGUCACAGAAGGCUUGGAGCUUUACCGGAAAGUGGGCGACGAUCUCUUUGGCAAGAGGCGGAGUAAGAUUCCUUUGAUGACCAAGUACUACCACGAGCCUCUUGAAAAAGCUGUCCGCGAUAUCGUCAGCAGUCGAUGUCACGAACAUGAGAAUUGCGACGGCAACGACCUUCAUCCAUGGGACAUCGACCACUUCGACGAAAUUCUUAAGAGCCCGAUUCCUUUCGACGUAGACCAUCCUCGUGUUUGCCAAUCCUGCUGUCUCACAGCAACCCACGAUGAAAACAUCUCGGAAGCUUACCUUCUCCGGUCCUACCCUCACUACUACUCUGACACGGCACCAAACUGGAUCACCCGCUACAAUGAAGGUGCAGACCUCCUACCAAUCUGGACGGUAACCCGUGCCACUACCGCAGCACCUUUCUACUUCGAGAUGGUCACAGCCAUGGUUGAUGAUGUCGAAAAGUCCUUCAAGGACGGCGGCAUCCGCGAAAACAACCCUUCUGGCGCCGCGCUCAGCGAGUUCCACGCGCUCUACGACGGCCGUGCUGCAGAACCCGCCUUGCUGCUUAGCGUUGGAACCGGCCGUCCGAAUCAGAAAGCGGAUGGAUUCGCAAGUGAUUGGUCGACGCCUCUUGGACGCAUACCCAUGGUCAGCAAGUUUCUUGAGAAGAGAGCGGUCAUUCAGAACUUGCUCAUCAAGUACACCGAGGGCGAAAAGCAGCACAAGCAGAUGAGGGAGCAUGCGCAUGGAGAGAAUACUUGGUACAAGAGGCUGAAUGUCAGUGAAGGGUUUGAAAAUAUGCCGCUUGAUGAAUGGGAGAGGGGUCCCUGGACGGAUCCCAGUGAUGGAAAAAGUGAGCAGAAUUCAAGCCUUCUGAGCAACUCUGAUUUACUAACAUCAUCUGCAGUCAAAACGAUACCCGGUGGCGCCAGCCUCACGAAAAUGGAAGAAGCGACAGAGAAAUAUCUCAAUCGGCUAUUCGAUCCCUCGAUUGACUCCUAUGCUCCUCCGCAAACGAUGCUUCGGCAGGCAGCACGCAAGCUUGUCCUGCAACGCCGAGCGCGAGAAGAACAGGGCGGUCCACGAUGGGACACAUUUGUUGGGAAGUACCCUUAUCGAUCGAGGCCUGCAGCUACGACGGAGGAACAGAACGGCCAUGCCGGCUGA